AUGGCGGUGGAACUCGAAGACCACGGACCUCGUGGAAGUGCAGCACGCGGCAGCUUCGUUUUCCUACAGCCACAUGUGUCACUGGCACAGCAGAUGGCACCGCCUAGUCCCAGCAGCAGCAGCACUCCUAACAGCAGUGGGAGCAAAGGAAAUGACCAGCUGAGCAAAACCAACCUCUACAUACGAGGAUUGCAGCCAGAUACUACUGACCAGGACCUUGUCAAGCUGUGUCAGUCAUAUGGCAAGAUUGUCUCCACUAAGGCUAUAUUGGACAAGACCACAAACAAAUGCAAAGGCUAUGGCUUUGUGGACUUCGACAGUCCAUCAGCAGCACAGAAAGCUGUGUCAGCACUGAAAGCCAGUGGUAUACAGGCACAGAUGGCAAAGCAACAAGAGCAGGACCUCACAAACUUAUAUAUAUCAAACCUUCCACUGUCAAUGGAUGAGCAAGAAUUGGAGGAGAUAUUGAAGCCUUUUGGCCAGGUGAUCUCUACUAGAAUCCUUCGUGAUACCAGUGGAACCAGCAGAGGAGUUGGCUUUGCAAGGAUGGAGUCCACAGAAAAGUGUGAAGCUGUCAUCACCCACUUCAAUGGAAAAUUUAUUAAGACACCCCCUGGAAUACCAGCCCCAUCGGAUCCCUUGCUUUGCAAAUUUGCUGACGGUGGUCCAAAGAAGCGACAGAAUCAAGGAAAAUUUGUGCAAAAUGGACGAGCCUGGCCAAGGAGUGGAGACAUGGGUAGUAUGGCCUUUACUUAUGAUCCUGCCGCUGCUCUUCAGAAUGGGUUUUACCCAGCUCGUUAUAACAUCACUGCCGACAGGAUGCUUGCUCAGUCUGCACUCUCCCCGUAUCUCCCAUCUCCUGUGCCUUCGUAUCAGGGUUCAAUUCUGACACCAGGAAUGGAUCACCCGAUUCCUCUCCAGCCUGCCUCCGUGAUGGCACCUCUCACCCAGCAGCUGAGUCACCUGUCCCUCAGCGGCUCCGCCAUGUAUAUGCCAACAGCUGCAUCUGUGCAUGGAGCUUACCUCUCCCAGUACACCCCCGUGCCGCUUUCUGGUGUUUCAGCUGAGGAGCACAGUGCCCAGCAACAUCAAGUCAUUCUGGAUGGCCCCACAGACCUUGGCCUCUAUUCUUUCCAGUUCAACAAGUAACAGUGGUGAGAACCCCAUCCUGAGGUGCAGAGUGUGGUGAGCAGCUGCAGUCAGCCGAGUUAUUCUGGCUACACUCUUACUUCUGAUUUAUGGCCCUUUUGGACACCCCUCCAGCCUCUGUGGACAGAAAAGGACCUUUACCAAUGUGGAUGCUCUGAUUCCAGAGAGCUGACUCAGAACUAAACCAUCUGUGGACUCUGCUAAGGACUGACGCUUCUCAGGCCUAAAUCCAGGAAAAGAAAUCUUGGCUCUGGCCCUCUGCCUCGGAGCCUGGGAGCAGCACACUCUGCUAUCCUGGA